AUGCGCCUUUUGCAGCUCCAAAAAGAUGGAGGCUUCAAUGUUGUCGAGCGCCUCGGCGACAACAUUCCGCCUUAUGCAAUUUUGUCGCACACCUGGGGAUCAGACAACGAGGAAGUCAACCUGAAAGACUUGAUAAGGGGCCAACGCAAGGGCAAGAGCAAGAGGAAACUAGGUUAUCGCAAGUUGACUUUCUGCGGCGAGCAAGCUACUCGUGACGAUCUGCAGUACUUCUGGGUGGACACUUGCUGUAUUGACAAAUCAAGCAGUGCAGAGCUUACAGAAUCCAUCAACUCCAUGUUUGACUGGUACCGCAAGGCAGCAAAAUGUUACGUAUACCUUUCCGACGUGUCGACGACUGGCUACACCGAAAAUCGUGUGGCGUUUCAUAACAGUAGAUGGUUUUCCCGAGGAUGGACACUACAAGAGCUUAUUGCUCCGCAAUGUGUUGAGUUCUUUUCUGAAGAAGGCUGCUUUCUUGGUGACAAGUAUUCGCGUGUACAAGAGAUAGCCGACAUCACGGGUAUAUCUACCGAGGCUCUCCAAGGCAGACCGUUAUCAAAGUUCAACAUCAAAGAGCGGAUGAAGUGGGCGAGGAAACGAGAGACGACGCGUGAGGAAGAUAUGGCGUAUUCCUUACUAGGUAUCUUUGACGUUCACAUGCCGCUCAUUUACGGCGAAGGCAAGAAAAAGGCAUUGCAGCGCCUCCACAAAGAAAUAGAAGAAGACUUCAUA